GUUUCUCUUCUUCUUCUUCUCCCCUGCACCGAACAAGAGCUCCAGCCACCACCAACGCCUCUUCCUCUUGAGAAAUCGAAUCCCAGAUCUGCUCUGCUCUGUCUUCACUGUCUGCUGCUCUUGUUUGUGGGGGCGAAAUUCUUUAAAAUUCUGAUUGCCGUCGGCCUUCCCCCAAACUGCAGCUCCGGUUUUCGCUGCUAAAUUCUGGUAUGAUGGCCACUUCUCUAAGUCCUAAAUUAGCUGAAUUUUAAUUGUUGCCAUGCUGAAUUUUAAUGGUUGAAUUGCUGCCCUAUUGUUGUCCGAAUUUUCUGCUGGGAAAUAGGAGGGGAUUCGGCAGUAAAUGGGACCAUGAUUUUGCUUAAUUCAUGUAGAAGUUAGUUUAAGUAGGCUGUUGUGAUGUUUUGGAGAGAAAAUCCCGUGUGUGUGUGAGUUGUGGUUUGCCAAAGCCAUGCUCUCCAUGUGCUGCCCGUGAGAAAUGGGAAGAAUUUAUGUGUUUGAGUGUUAAUUGACUGCUGUGAGAUUUUGGAGUGAAAUCCCGUGAGAUUAGCUAUGGUUUUGCAAAUUUUUGGAAGUUGCAGUUACUGUUCAUUGCGUGAUUACUGUUCACGGGUACUGUUUACAGAUACUGUUCACGCAUUAAUGGCCAACAAUAGGAGGGUUUAAAUGUGUAAUUAUAUUGAGAAUAAAAUUAAGAUGUUUGAUCAUAUGGUUAAAUUUUGUAUGAAGCUCAUUGGUUAGUAAAUUUGUAAGGUUGUGCUAAUAAUUCUAGUAAAGUCUAAAUGUAUUUAUUUGGAAUAUUAGGUGCUGUUAUGGCUUAAAGCAAUGGGAUUGAGUUCUCGGUUUUAUGCGAGUAAGGUAAGUAAAUUUAUAGUAAUGCCCGUACAGUUUUUAAAAACAUGUUUUGACUUGUUUUUGAAGUGGUGGCAGGACUAAACCCGUUUUAUACAAAAGUAAGUAUGGUUGAUUUGAACUGAAAUUUUUAUGCUUUUCAUUAAAUUGAGCAUGCUUACUUGAAAUUGAAAUUUAAUUGAUUGUCCUGAUGAUCUGAAAGUGAUUAGUGAAUUAUGGUUUUUCUGUUAACUUCUGUCUGUUUUGUCUUCGAUGUGGUCAUGUUAUUAAUGUGCCCGCUAGUGGGAGGUUUAUAAACACUAACACAUGUCAACAUGUUAUUGAUAGAAUCGGUUCGUUUGAGUGACCCUGCUAAUGGGGGUUAUACACCAGCAAAUAGUGUAGCCUACUAGUGGGGGGUUUAUAACACUGGCCAUGACCUAUAGAGGAGACGUCUAUUUCGUUCUCGUACUGUAUCCGUUUUUCAUGAUUACACUUGUUGGCAUGCUAUAAGUUUAAUAAGGAGCACUGCAUAUUUUACUUACUGAGUUUAUCUCGUAGUUUUUCAUUGUCCACCAUUUCAGGUAGCAAAGUCAAGGACGGGGAAAAACGAGAGGACUGACGAGUUAGAAGGCUAGCCAUCUUGUAAAUUUGAUAUAGAUUUUAGAUAUAGAUCAUAAUCUUGUAAGUUAGAUUUUAAUUGGAGAUUUUAUAAAUUCAUUGAAUGGAUUGUUAGUUUACAAGAAAUUUGACCUUGAGAUUUUGAGCUUAAGUCAUGUUGGACA